AGGGGUAGAAGGAGCUCAGACGUGUUUUAAUCAUUUGUAUUUACAUGAUGACAGCCCUUAACGUUUCAGUCGGUUUGCAAAGUCACUUGUGAUCGCUCUAACAGUUAUUUUAAUUUGUGGUGGUGUCGGGAAGUCCUUACGAGGCGCCAUAAUUGGCCGAUUGAAAAAUUGUCGAGUGAAAUUCAAGAGAAUUUUAUUAAAAUUUUCGUCGAGAUGAUGGCUCAGUUUACCAAACGACAGUGGCUGACUCUCAUUGUUAUCAGUAUCGCGGAUUUUGCAAAUGCUGUCUGCGUAUCACUGCAGGCACCCUUUUAUCCCCAAGAGGCGGAGAAAAAAGGCGCUUCCCCUUCGGAGUACGGUUUGGUGUUCGGAAUAUUCGAACUGGUGGUGUUCAUCAUCAGCCCGAUUUACGGACAACGCUUGAACAGAAUUGGCCCUAAGGUAUUGUUCAACGGUGGUAUCUUAACAACAGGAACAUGCGCCAUAUUCUUCGGAUUGCUGGAUAAAGUUGAGGGCCAUUAUCCUUUCAUAAUCCUGUCAUUCGUGAUCAGAAUUGUUGAGGCUCUUGGCAAUGCCGCCUUUCUCACCGCGAGCUUUGCCAUCAUCGCCAAGGAAUUUCCGGACAACGUGGCCACAACGUUCGCCAGCUUGGAAACAUUUUUUGGAUUGGGCCUCAUUGUGGGACCCACUGUUGGUGGUGCUCUAUACCAGGUGGGUGGCUAUACGACACCGUUCGUCGUCCUGGGAUCAGCUUUAUUCCUAGCAGCUUUAAUUACUGCUUUGGUAUUGCCAGUUCAUGACAAUGCACCUGCGGACGAUCUUAAAUCAGGAGGAUUCACUAAGGUCCUUAAGAUUCCCGGUGUAAUGGUAGCCACAGCCUCGAUAAUAGCAACAAGUAUGAGCAUUGGAUUUCUCCAGGCGACUCUCGAACCCCAUUUACGAGACUUUAAUUUAAGUCCAGUGGUUCUUGGCCUUAUGUUCGUGAUAAACGGUGGGACUUACGCUCUGAUGGCACCUGCGUGGGGCUGGCUCUGCGAUAGAAAGUGCACCCCAAAGAUUGUGACGGUAGCGGGGUGUCAGCUGUUAAUGGCUGGCUUCAGUCUAAUUGGACCUGCGCCGUUUAUACCGUCGGAAACGAAGAUAUGGUUAACGAUUGCCGGUCUUGUUAUCCACGGAUUGGGAAUGGCAGCUCAAUUGGUAGCGAGUUUCAGUGAUGCGUUGAAUACAUCAAUAGCAUAUGGUUUUCCGAAUAAUCUCGAAACAUAUGGCCUGAUAAGCGGGUUAUGGACGAGUGCAUUUGCACUAGGGGCCUUCAUAGGUCCCAGUGUAGCUGGAAUUCUCUUAGAUAAUAUUGGAUUCAGACAAGCCUCGAUGUUCAUUAUCGUCCUGCAUUUAUUGGUGGGCAUCGCCGCAGCAGUAUUUCUUCUCCGUUGCCCCCGAACUCCGAAACCUUUUACGGCGAUCGGUGGAGAGGACGAGGUGCGUGAAUCCCUGACAGACAGUGGCAGAUCGCACAGUACGAGUUCAUUCAUACGUGGACAUCGUCAGGGUGUACCAAUCGAUCGUCCGAGUGGCAUGAAUUCCCUCAUUGCAUGCAAUAGUUAUUCAAAUCGUGCUGGCGCAUGGUCGAGGGCUUCAUACAGUGGACGUUUUGCUCACAGUUAUGGCUCCAUCGAGGCGAAACGAUACCUGGAGAGAACAACAUGAGGGCACUGAUCACUCAUCGAAUUCAACCCUUUUUACCUGAUUUAGUCGUGUAGAUUAGAGAAUUAUCCAAAGACAGUUUUAUGACAAUUCAGGUAUCUCCUGACAGUUGUAUAUAUUUGUGUUCUUGUUAACAAGCAGUAUCGUCAUUAUUCUGGUGCUGCAAAAUUCGUCGCUAUUUUAUUUUUAUACAUUACUCUGUUAAUAAUGACUAGGUAAAGUUUUUUUAACAAUACAAAUUCAUAAAAUCGUAGGAAUCAGGGAAAUCGCGAGGUUCGUACGAGUUACUGUCGUCUGAGGGCUCCAUAAAAAUGCGAUUCCAAUUAUCAAUGAGUGGAAAAAAUGAGGGGGAGGUAAUUUUAAUUAGUGGGGAAUUGUCUCUAGUUAUUUGGGCCUCACUCAGUGAGGCCCAUUUGUCGACGAGACGGUACGACAAAUGGAAAAUUAACAAGUCGAAUCCUCCCUUAAUUGCCAUCCUCCAAUAUUCCUUGAGUUUUUACUUUAGGCAAUUCAGUUGAUCAGUUAAUUAUUGUUAAAUACUAUUGUUGUUAGAAUCAAGUUCAUCCGUUGAAUAUAAAUCAGAAUAAAUUUUUAACUACUCGGA